GGUGUGAACAUUUGACUUCUUAUGUCUUAUCAACUGUGGGGAAAUCAAAAAAACCUUGGAAAAAUAAAUCCGAAAUUCAUGUAGAUCCUCAAAUGAGAUUUAUGGAUGUUACGGUUAGAGCUUAUGACGCAUCCUUCUCAAAUGACAAUGAAAAAUACAUCAUUGCUACAGCAUGUUCAGACAGCUUAUUCAGGGUUUAUAGUUUUGAUGCUCAAAAAAAAUGUUUGGACUUGUGCUAUAGUGUUCAAUAUGGGUUUCAUUGUAUUUUGAAACUGCUUAGUGUAGAAAUUGCCAACCAACCUUUGGUACAUUAUUUUGUUACUGGAGCAACUGAUGGUGAACUCAAAAUAAUCUACCAUGAAUACAAAAAUGAUCAUUCUUCCCAUAACUCAUGUACUUACAAUCACGAACUUGUCUUCCGAGUACAGCUGCACAAAUCUGGGAUCAAUGCUGUUGAUGCAAAGAAUAUCAAAGAAAAUAUAUGGCUUGUUUGCUGUGGAGGAGAUGAUAAUGCAUUAACUGCAAUUUUACUUGAUUUUAAGCCUACAUUACAAAAUGAAACGCAAAUUGAAAUUCUUAGUAGAACUCUGGUUUCUGAUGCUCAUGCAUCCCAAAUAACAGGCAUAAAAUUCCUGGGGUCUAAGAUGCUAGCUUCUGUGUCUAUAGAUCAAAGAUUGAACAUAUGGCACUGGAACUUAAAUAAUGGAAAAUUAGAAAUAAGUCUAAGGAAUUCAGCAAUGAGUCUCAUUCCUGAUAUAUCUCAAAUGGAUUGCUGGCCAAAAAGUUCAACUAGUUGGAAUGCUAUCAUUUGUGGACAAGGUAUAGAAUAUUUCAAUAUUGAAAAUAGCAAGUCAAAUGAAUAAUUGUAUCCACCAACACAUAAUAAAUUUUAUUUUUACAUAUCCAUUUUUAAGUCAA